CUCUGGUCCAUCGAGGACUCAUUCACUUCGGGCGAGGAGGAAGAGGAGCGGUUAGUCAAAGACAUCGACAUCAGAGUACUGGCGGAGUUCAAGAAGUCUGAGGGAUGGGUACUCGAACCCGGAGACGCGCUGUACCUUCCCCCAAGACUCGCCCACUACGGCGUUAGCCAAGACGAGGAGUGCAUGACGUACUCAGUUGGAUUUCGGGCUCCGUCGGUUCGAGACCUCGUAUCGUUUUUCGGCGAACACGUGGGCUCGACUGCGACAAAACCGGACGAUUUUUUCCAAGACCCUAACCUCAAGAGACAAGAGAGUCACGGUUUGAUAUCGAGAGAGGCGGUGUCUAAGGCCAAGGGGUUGGUACGGGAAGCUUUGUUGGCGGCGCUCGAUGAUGACGUCGCGUUCGACAGGUGGUUCGGCGCUCAGGUCACCAGGUCGCGACGAGACCACUCUGGCUACCCGGUGCCAAUGGACGACGAACAAGGCCUGUCCUUUGGCUACCAACUCCCCAAGGACGUGACGGCCGCUGUGAAAAGGGCGUUCCACAAGGAGUCUGAAUCGGGGGGUGGGGCGGGGAGCGGGGACGGGUUGGGGCCGUUCGUGUACCACGCGGAGGGGCUGACGUUUGCCUUUGUCGAGCACGAGGGGCCGGGACAAGGUGCUACUCUCUUCGUAGACGGCACCGACUUCCCUGUGCCGCAAGAGAUGGCUUUCGCGGCGGCGUUGGUGUGCGACUUUCCGCGCUUGUCACCGCGGGAGCUGGGGCCGGCGCUGGUGGGGGAGCAGGGCGAGGGGGUGGAGACUCUGCUGCACUCGCUCUUGAAAGAGGGUUACCUUUACCCUGCAGACGAUUGAUGAUCUGGUGUUCCUUGUACCAAUAGACUCCAACGUGUGUUUUCUUUUGUUGUGACGUGUCUCUCUUUGUUUUGUUUUUCGGGAUAGCCACAUAGCGGCAUCGCUGGCCGAACGAGAUCUUCGGUGGCUGCUUCAUUUUUGCGUCGUUACAAGUCUAUGGAAUGGGAUUCAAGCCUUACUUUUGGCCUGGAGCUCGACGACACUGGCGGGACGCCAUGCAGAUACCAGGGGCAGGUCCUCAAGAACGAGAUCAACAGGGCAAACUCCACGGAGGUGCGACAGAAAUUCGGAGAGGCGAGUUCGGACACGGUCCGCCAAUGGCUCAGCGAGAAAGGAGCAGCGCACGCUGCUGCCGCCUAUCGCUGCAAGUUCAAAGCCAAGAAGCGUCUAUACAAAGAGCAGGAUCUCGUGGGCGCGUUCAAUGCGUACGUUGCGCGCACCCAGUACAAGGGCAAGCGGAAGUUCCAAGCACGAUGGAAGGCUCUCUUUGCCCUUCUAACGCUCAUGGAAAGCAAAGACGACAGGCCGCUUGGGGUCCCUCCCAUCCGUCUGGCCGGAGGAGACAGGGCCUUGUACGAGCAGAUGUUCAGAGCGGAGCCCCGAAAACACGUGUCUCGGCCAACUUUCUUGACGGUGAUGCGAAGGGUGUUCGGCUUUCAGACCGCGCCCCUUGCGGGUCACGUCGAUAAGGCUGCCCUCCAGAAGCUCGGCGAGGUGUACAGCACCUUUGAUGCGGAUGGAGCCGGCAAGGUGGACUGGAGAUGCAUGGUCUUCAUGCUCAGGGUGGCUGUGAACGCACAGUCUACUGUGGAGCAAAACCUCAAAUGGGGGUUUGCCCUUUACUCGAGCCCGGACAGCUUCGACCCUGAGAGCAACGACCCGGUUUCGAUGUCCGACUUCAAGAACCUCGUCAACACCAUGGCCAGGUUCGAGAAGCGGGAGGAGCUGAAUCGAAUUCUGGACGAGGCGUGGGAAGCGGUAGCCUCGGAGGAUUAUGAGGCGGGACGCAGGGCGGGGGCCGGGCGGGGAGUUGAUGAUUGGGCCAAGCCACCCAAGCCGUUCGAGAUCACCAUGAGGCUGCUAGGUCUGAUGCUGCAGAAGCGACCCCUGAAGGACUUGCUGAGACCCGCGUCGCGCUUCGGCCUCCGAGACAGAGGGACUUGGGCGUACGCGAUAGAGGAGGCGUUUUUCGACCCGCUGCUGCUGGCCUUGAUCAUGCAGAAGCGGAGGGACCAGAGAAACGACGUUGUCACGGCAAUAUUCUUGGGCAACAACCGUCGGAGGGCCAUUCUAGUGAGGAUUGCAAUGUGGAAGCGCUUGGUCAGGCGAAGGAAGCACUGCGCCAGGCUCAUGACGAGCAUCGGGGGGAGGUUCUUCAAGGGAAACAGCUCCUCCGCCUUCCGAGCCAUCCAGCGGCGUGCGUUCUCGUGCAAGGCGUGCGAAACUAUCCAAAGAGUGUACAGAGGAUACCUCGGGAGACUGGUGGCGGAGUUUCUUCGGGUGCUGGUGCGGAGGGUCAUCGCAGCUCAGGAGUACUUCGACCGAGAGAUGGCCGUCAUCGACGCUGAAGUGGAGAGGGGUCAAACAAGGCAAAGGGUGGAGUACCGCAGCCGGCACAAGGCGUCCAGCAAGCUGCAGAGGCUGUGGAGAGCCAGGAGACAGCGACGCCGACUGGAGGCCGAGAAACUAAGGAUGAUCAAGAUUCAUGAGGUGGAGGCUGAGAUGCAACAGCUGCUGAGCCGCGAGGCAAGGGAGGCAGAGGUCUACAAGCGGCAGCUGAUGGCGUGGUUCAAGGAGCAGAAGAAGGAGCAGGAGCAGUCCACCAUGCUCGAGGAGCACACUGCUAAAGAGAAGUUCAAGAUCCUUUGCUACCGUCGCCGCGAGCGUGAUAGAGUUGCCGCCGAGACAAGAAGGAGGAAGCAGGCCGCCGCCGAACGGGUGAGAAAUUGA